AUGCUCCUGUUGUCUCCUUGCUCCCAUCUCUGGGGGCCUCUGAUUCUUCUCUCUGCUCUACAGGCUCGCAGCACUGACAGCCUGGAUGGCCCAGGGGAGGGCUCAGUGCAGCCUAUACCCCCCGCUGGGGGGGCCAGUGUGAAGGGGAAGCCUGGGAAGAGGCUCUCGGCUCCUCGAGGUCCCUUCCCGCGGCUGGCCGACUGUGCCCAUUUCCACUACGAGAAUGUAGACUUCGGCCACAUUCAGCUCUUGCUCUCUCCAGAGCGUGAAGGUCCUAACCUCUCUGGAGAGAAUGAGCUGGUGUUUGGGGUGCAGGUGACUUGUCAGGGCCGUUCCUGGCCAGUUCUCCGUAGUUAUGAUGACUUCCGUUCGCUGGAUGCCCACCUCCACCGGUGCAUAUUUGACCGGAGGUUUUCCUGCCUCCCAGAGCUUCCUCCACCCCCAGAGGGUACCAGGGCUGCCCAGAUGCUGGUACCACUGCUGCUGCAGUACCUGGAGACCCUGUCAGGACUAGUGGACAGUAACCUCAACUGUGGACCUGUGCUCACCUGGAUGGAGCUGGACAAUCACGGCCGGCGACUACUCCUCAGUGAGGAGGCCUCGCUCAAUAUCCCUGCAGUUGCUGCUGCCCAUGUGGUCAAACGAUAUACAGCCCAGGCACCAGAUGAGCUGUCCUUUGAGGUAGGAGACAUUGUCUCAGUGAUCGACAUGCCACCCACAGAGGAUCGGAGCUGGUGGCGGGGCAAGCGAGGCUUCCAGGUUGGUUUCUUCCCCAGUGAGUGUGUGGAACUCUUCACAGAGCGGCCAGGUCCAGGCCUAAAGGCGGAUGCUGAUGGCUCCCCAUGUGGCAUCCCAGCUCCCCAGGGUAUCUCUUCUCUGACCUCAGCUGUGCCCCGGCCACGUGGGAAGCUGGCUGGCCUCCUCCGCACCUUCAUGCGCUCCCGCCCUUCUCGGCAGCGGCUGAGGCAGCGGGGAAUCCUGCGGCAGAGGGUGUUUGGCUGCGACCUCGGAGAACACCUCAGCAACUCAGGCCAGGACGUGCCCCAGGUGCUGCGCUGCUGCUCCGAGUUUAUUGAGGCCCACGGGGUGGUAGAUGGAAUCUACCGGCUCUCAGGCGUGUCCUCCAACAUACAGAGGCUGCGGCAUGAGUUUGACAGCGAGAGGAUCCCUGAAUUGUCUGGCCCCGCCUUCCUGCAGGACAUCCACAGCGUGUCCUCCCUCUGCAAGCUCUACUUCCGAGAGCUGCCGAACCCCUUGCUCACCUACCAGCUCUAUGGGAAGUUCAGUGAGGCCAUGUCAGUGCCUGGGGAGGAGGAACGCCUGGUACGGGUCCAUGAUGUCAUCCAGCAGCUGCCCCCUCCACAUUACAGAACCCUGGAGUACCUGCUGAGGCACUUGGCCCGCAUGGCAAGACACAGUGCCAACACCAGCAUGCAUGCCCGCAACCUGGCCAUUGUCUGGGCACCCAACCUUCUACGGUCCAUGGAGCUGGAGUCAGUAGGGCUGGGUGGGGCGGCAGCUUUCCGGGAGGUACGGGUGCAGUCGGUGGUGGUGGAAUUCCUGCUCACCCAUGUGGACGUCCUAUUCAGCGACACCUUCACCUCUGCUGGCCUUGAUCCUGCAGGCCGCUGCCUCCUCCCCAGGCCCAAAUCCCUUGCUGGCAGCAGCCCUUCCACUCGCCUGCUGACAUUGGAGGAAGCCCAGGCUCGCACCCAGGGCCGGCUGGGGACACCCACUGAGCCUACAACUCCCAAGGCCCCAGCCUCACCUGUGAAAAGGAGAAAAGGGGAGAGAGGGGAGAAGCAGCGGAAGCCAGGGGGUAGCAGCUGGAAGACAUUCUUUGCACUGGGCCGGGGCCCCAGUGUCCCCCGAAAGAAGCCCUUGCCCUGGCUGGGGGGCACCCGCGCCACACCACAGCCUUCAGGCAGCCGACCUGACACAGUCACACUGAGAUCUGCCAAGAGUGAGGAAUCUCUAUCAUCACAAGCCAGUGGGGCUGAUUUGGGUGGUCUUAUGAGCAAUUCCUGCCAUAUCCACACUCCUGAGAGAUUGCUCCACCACAUACCCAGGAGUGGAGGCCUCCAGAGACUGCACAGGCUACGGCGACCCCACUCCAGUAGUGAUGCUUUCCCUGUGGGUCCGGCACCUGCUGGCUCCUGUGAGAGCCUGUCCUCCUCCUCCUCCUCUUCAUCCUCCUCUUCAUCCUCCUCAUCCUCAUCUUCUGAGUCCUCAGCAGCUGGGCUGGGGGCACUCUCUGGGUCCCCCUCGCACCGCACUUCAGCCUGGCUAGAUGAUGGUGAUGAGCUGGACUUCAGCCCUCCCCGCUGCCUGGAGGGACUCCGGGGCCUCGACUUUGAUCCCCUAACCUUUCGCUGCAGCAGCCCCACCCCAGGGGACCCUGCGCCUCCUGCCAGCCCAGCUCCCCCGGCCCCUGCCUCUGCCUUUCCACCCAGGGUAACCCCCCAGGCCCUCUCGCCCCAUGGGCCCACCAGCCCUGCUUCACCUACUGCCCUGGACAUCUCAGAGCCCCUGGCUGUAUCAGUGCCACCCGCUGUCCUAGAACUGCUGGGGGCUGGGGGAACACCUGCCUCAGUCUCCCCAACACCAGCUCUCAGCCCCGGCCCAGGCCUGCGCCCCCAUCUCAUCCCCCUGCUGCUUCGUGGAGCCGAGGCCCAACUGAGUGACACCUGCCAACAGGAAAUCUGCAGCAAACUGGCACUGCCUGGCCCCCGGGGAGCCCAGAGCCAGCAUGGUCCUAGGAUGGAUUCACCAUUGCCUCCACCACCUCUGUCCCUCCUGCGCCCUGGGGGGGCCCCACCCCCACCCCCUAAGAACCCAGCACGCCUCAUGGCCCUGGCCUUGGCUGAGCGGGCUCAGCAGGUGGCCGAACAGCAGAGCCAGCAGGAGCAUGGGGGCACCCCACCUGCUCCCCACUCCCCUUUCCGCCACUCACUAUCUCUGGAAGUAGGCAGGGAACCCCUGGGGACCACAGGGAGUGGGCCACCCCCCCACUCCCUAGCCCACCCAGGUGCCUGGGCCCCAGGACCUCCACCCUACGUACCAAGGCAACAAAGUGAUGGGAACCUGGUGAGGAGCCAGCAGCCCAUGGGGACAUCAAGGAGGGGACUCAGAGGCUCUGCCCAGGUCAGUGCCCAGAUCAGGGCAGGUGGGGGUUGCCGAGAUGCACCAGAGACAGCAGCCCAGUCCCCAUGUUCUGUCCCCUCACAAGUUCCUACCCCUGGCUUCUUCUCCCCAGCCCCCCGAGAGUGCCUGCCACCCUUCCUCGGGGUCCCCAAACCAGGCCUGUAUCCCACGGGUCCUCCAUCCCUCCAGCCCAGCUCCCCAGCUUCGGUCUGGAGGAGCUCCCUGGGGCCCCCUGCACCCCUCGACAGGGGAGAGAACCUAUACUAUGAGAUUGGGGCGGGUGAAGGGUCCCCUUACUCGGGACCCACGCGGUCUUGGAGUCCCUUUCGCUCCAUGCCCCCCAAUAGGCUCAAUGCUUCAUACGGCAUGCUUGGCCAAUCACCACCACUCCACAGGUCUCCCAACUUCCUGCUCAGCUACCCACCCCCCUCUCCUUGCUUUCCCCCUGACCACCUUGGCUACUCAGCUCCCCAGCACCCUGCCCGGCGCCCCACCCGACCUGAGCCCCUCUAUGUCAACCUAGCCCUAGGGCCCAGGGGUCCCUCACCCAGCUCUUCCUGCUCCUCUUCCCCUCCUACCCACCCCCGAAGCCGUUCAGAUCCUGGCCCCCCAGCCCCCCGCCUCCCUCAGAAACAGCGGGCACCCUGGGGCCCCCGCACCCCUCAUAGGGUGCCUGGGCCCUGGGGCCCUCCUGAACCUCUCCUGCUCUACAGGGCAGCCCCGCCAGCCUAUGGGAGGGGGGGUGACCUCCACCGAGGAUCCUUGUACAGAAAUGGGGGACAAAGAAGGGAGGGGGCUGGUCCCCCACCCCCUUACCCCACUCCUAGCUGGUCCCUCCACUCCGAGGGUCAGACCCGAAGCUACUGCUGAGCUACAGCUGGAAGGGACCUUUCUCCCUUCCCUUUGCCCUUACUGUAUUUUGGCCCAACCCAAUCCUUUGUUUUGUAUUUUCUUGAGCUCCUGACCCUUACCCCAGGUUUCUAACCUUGUAACUUUCUGAUGUGGGUCCCUAACCUAUAAUCAUAGCUUCCCUACCCUGGGCUGAAGGUAUACCCAUCCUCCAUCCUGGGGGCCCUCGCACAAUUCUGAGAGAGGGCUAGGCUGACACCCUGUCCUCCCUCACCCUCCAGGAGCCCCCAGCAUGUCCUGACCUGAGCAGAGGGGGUAGGGGGGACAGUCCUGCCCAUCUCUCCCCACUAAACCGUCUGACAAAAUUAACGAAUAAAAAUGGUGAAAAUGUG